AUGGGUCAGUUUAAGCAUAUCAUCCUGCUGAUCAGCAUUGCAGUCUCUCUAUCCAACUCUGUUCCUGUAACUUACAACGUGAAAAACCUGUCCGAAAACGACGAUUCCGAAAAAGAUGUUGCAGAACAAAUCGAAAGUGUAAAUGAAAAGGUGGAUAAGAUCCUAUUUGAAGGUGAUAUAAUCCUGGGUGAAAACGACCGAGAUGUUGAUGGACCACAAGAAGGAAACGAAAAGAGAAACGCUCAAAGAGAUCGAAAAUACGUUUGGGAAUCCAAAGUAGUUCCUUAUGUCAUUGACCAGACCUUGAGAAUCCCAAAUGACGAUGGACCAGUAAUUCAGGAAGCUAUUGAAGAGUUCCACAAGUAUACUUGUGUCAAAUUUGUCCCUCGUACAAAUGAAAACAAUUGGAUAAACUUUGUGAAGAGAUCAGGGUGUUAUUCAAACGUCGGUAAAAUCUACUGGCAAAGGGGGGGACAAGACGUCUCAAUUGGCCAAGGCUGCGCUUACAAAGGGAUAAUUAUGCACGAACUACUUCACGCACUGGGCUUCUGGCACGAACAGUCCAGACCCGACAGAGAUCAAUACGUGAGGAUUCUAUGGGAAAACAUUACACCAGGAAAGGAGCAUAAUUUCAACAAAUAUGACCAUGGAAGGAUUGACAGUCUGAAAGCGACGUAUGACUUAGGAAGCAUCAUGCAUUAUGGGAAAUAUUCAUUUUCCUCAAACGGCAAACCGACAAUAGAGGCCAUCAGUAAUCCAAACCAGCAACUUGGACAAAGAAAUGGGUUUUCACAAACUGAUAUCUUCGAGGUCAAUGCACUGUAUGAUUGUUCAGGUCCUUCUAAUGGCUGGAGCUCAUGGAGUGACUAUGGCCCUUGUGACAGUAACUGCAGGAAGAUUCGUCAAAGGUUUUGCUCGUCUUCAGAUGUCUCCAAUUGUCCAGGAGCUGAUACAUAUGGUGUAGGGACAGAAAAUGCCCAAUGCAGUCCUAGUGAAUGUCAGGCUGUCAUAGACGGUAGUUGGGGGCGUUGGUCAUCAUGGAGUCAGUGUAGUGCUACUUGUGGACAAGGAACUCACACAAGAACGAGGCAAUGUAACGAUCCCCCCGCUCAAAAUGGCGGUAAACCGUGUUCAGGAAACAGCAAAGAGACCAACGUUUGCAAGCAAARAAGAUGUGGUUUAGGUCCUGAUGAUUGCGAGUUCGAAAUCGAUAUGUGCAGCUGGACUACCGACCAACAAAAUAACUACCAGUGGUACCGUCAGCAAGGAUCCACACCCAGCUCAUCAACUGGUCCUGAUGGUGAUGCAACAAAACCUUUGAACGGAACAGGUUUUUACGUCUACGCCGAGUCUUCUUCACCUGUACGGCAAAACCAAAAAACAGAGCUCACAAGUCCAGUCUUGACCGCUACUUCUGGACUAUGUCUUCAGUUUGCAUACAACAUGCAUGGAGCAACCAUUGGGUCACUGAAUGUCUAUGUACUGGAUGUCAAAGCAGGAGCAAGGAAAGGGAUUUUCGUUGUGUUUGAGGUCAUCAGGGGAUCUAGCUAUACUGGUGAUGUAGCACUGGAUGACAUAUUCUUUAAAGAAGAUGGCAAGUGCGGUGGUAAGGGUCCAACAAGUACAACUUCACGUCCUUCCACUUCAAGACCUGUUACUUCAAAACCUACGACCCAGGUGUUUGUGGAUGAUUGUAAUUUCGACCAAAAUAUGUGUGGCUGGAAGACUGGACCGGGGACGAACACCUUUUCGUGGACCAGAAGGUCAGGUUCAACUCCCAGUUCUAACACAGGACCUAAUGGUGACCAUACUUCAGGUUUCGGAUCAUACGUGUAUGUAGAAACCUCAUACCCUGCCCAAAACCAACCAACAGCCACCCUGGUCAGUAAAGUCCUUUCUCCCGCAUCUUCUGGUCGCUGCAUGAGUUUCUUCUAUCACAUGUACGGUGCGACCAUGGGAUCACUUAACGUGUAUAUCAGAAGUCUCAACUCUAACGCGAGAACCAAAGUACUUACAAUAUCUGGUGACCAAGGUAGAAAGUGGCAUCAAGCUGUGAUCAGUAUUUCAAAUAUGACCUUUGAUUACGAGAUUGUAUUUGAAUCUGUCCGAGGGACCACGUACCUUGGUGACAUCGCGCUUGAUGACAUCACUUUUACUAAAGGCCCUUGUGCACAAAGGUAG